AUGGCUACUGGUGCUAAGUCUUUCACUUUUCUCCUGAUUUCUUCUCUCUUCCUAGUUUCUUGUUUUUGUGCCAAGGGGGCACAGAACCCCGUUCCUAUAGUGAAUGGUCUAUCAUGGACCUUCUACGACUAUAGCUGCCCUAAAGCUGAAUCAAUUAUAAGAAAACAGCUCAAGAAAGUGUUCAAGAAUGAUAUUGGCCAAGCUGCCGGCUUGCUUCGUCUCCACUUUCACGACUGCUUUGUUCAGGGAUGUGAUGGUUCAGUAUUGCUUGAUGGAUCAGCAAGUGGUCCAAGCGAGCAGGAUGCACCUCCCAACCUGACCUUGAGAGAAAAGGCAUUUGAGAUCAUCAACGACCUACGCGAGCGUGUACACAAGGAGUGUGGCCGCGUCGUCUCUUGUGCUGAUAUUGUUGCAAUUGCUGCCCGUGACUCUGUUUAUCUGUCAGGUGGCCCUGAUUAUGAUAUUCCCUUGGGGAGGCGAGAUGGUCUAAACUUUGCAACACAAAAUGCAACCUUAGCCAACUUGCCACCACCCACUGCUAAUGCCAGCACAAUUCUUAGAUCUCUCGCCACUAAAAAAUUUGAUGCCACCGACGUGGUAGCCCUGUCCGGUGGCCACACCAUUGGUUUAAGUCAUUGCAGCUCUUUCACUGGGCGCCUCUAUCCAACCCAAGAUCCUACCAUGGACAAAGCCUUCGCUAAUGAUCUCAAGGGAAUUUGCCCCACAAUUAACUCCACCGGCACCACUGUGCUGGAUAUUAGGACCCCUAAUAAAUUUGACAACAAGUACUACGUUGAUCUCAUGAACCGCCAAGGCCUGUUUACCUCAGACCAAGACUUGUACUCGUACAACAAGACAAGGGACAUUGUCACUAGCUUUGCUGAAGAUGAGAGCUUGUUCUUUGAGAAGUUCGUGGUUGCAAUGAUCAAAAUGUCACAGCUUAGCGUAUUGACAGGCAACCAAGGAGAAAUUCGUGCCAAUUGUUCGGUUAGAAAUUCAGACAACAGCUAUUUGGUGUCCGUGGUGGAAGAGGAUUUGGAGACAAAGUCCGAAUUGAGAUAA